GACCUGGUGGUGGUGGCCAUCCCGCCCCAGCACCACCACUCACUCCCAAGACAUCUUCUCCAUAACAAGAUCGUCGUCGACAUUAGUAACCGGUCCCCGGACGACCCCUCGGAUGGACCAAGUAUGGCAGAGAAGCUGCAGGAGCUGCUGCCAGAGGCCCAGGUGGUGAAGGCCCUCAACACUAUGUCUGCUUACGUCCUCCAGAGGAGAGACCUCUACGCCGGCAGACAGGUGCCAGUGUGUGGUGGCACUACACCAGCAAGGACACGGGUGAUGGCACUGGUGAGGGACAUGGGCCUGGCGCCCGUGGACAUGGGCGGCCUGAAGAACGCCCGCGCCCUCGAAGACAUCCCUCUCUCCUUCUUCCCCGAGUGGAAACUGGCCGCCAUCGUCACAGGCAUCAUCUUCGUCCUGUUUUGGCUCCUCCAGCUCUUCCGGAUCCAGAUCUGCCCCAACCUGACGAGCGCAGCGCCCUGGAACUGGCAAAGGUUCCACAGACUGCCCUUCAAAAACACUGAAGUCACUCUAGCCUUCACCGGCUGCCUUCUCCUCCUGCUCUGCUACAUCCCAGGGAUGAUGGCCGCCUACCUACAGCUCUGGAGAGGAACUAAGUACUCUCAGUUCCCUGACUGGCUCGACGCCUGGCUCAAGGCUCGCAAGCAGCUAGGACUUCUGGCUCUCCUGCUGGGAGCCACACAUGGGUGUAUGGCAAUCUUCGUCCAAGUUAGCAAAGGCAUGGAGGACGUGUGGUGGCAGCAUACCUACCUCGCUACUGGUGCCCUCCUGACGGCGGCGAUGGCCAUCUUGGGGAUCACUACACUGCCUUCCGUGUCGGCCAGCCUGACGUGGCGGGAGUUCUCGGUGGUGCAGCGGUACCUGGGCUGGGCCUCCGUCGUCCUGGUCACCCUCCACCUCACCUGCGAGACCUUCAGGGGGCUCCUCAGACCAUUGUCCUGCGUGGUCCUCCCAUCCGGGUCGCAGAUCAUGGUGCCUCUGUGCUUCCUCACGCUGCUGUUCAAGAUUCCUCUGCUUGUUCCUUGUGUUGACUCUUACUUGGCCAAGAUCCGUGCAGGCUACGAGAGGCACGCAGGCCGCCAAGCAACUGAUCUGCCAAGCAAGGAAUUGUUAAUUGCCUAACUGAUGCUUCAUAUAUUUACUUGGGGGUACGCGGUUCGGGUCUCUUAGAGCCCAGGUGAAUGGAACCAUCUUUAGUGGCCUCCAUGGGGGACAGAAAGCCGGCGGCUGGUGUCUCGAACGUCAGUUUGAGGGUUAGGCGCCUGUUUGUCUUAUCAAUCAUCCUUGGUGGCAUGAGCAAGAGCCUCAUACGUAGUGUGGGCCGAAUAACCAGGUUAAAUACUUUUUAAAGAUUUUUUAAAGAUCUUUUAAAUACUUUUUUAGAUAUAAUUAAGUAUCUGGGAAUUUGUAUUACCUGCUGAUGUAAACCUGACCAAAUGUAAACUGUGUCAGCUAAAUUAUUAUAAUAAUAAUAAUAUUUAUUUACAUAAAGGUUCAAUGGGCAUGUGAGAUUACAUAAGAUUGGUAUUUUUACAUUCUUGCACAGCCGCUAACACGCAUAGCGUUUCUGGCAGGUCCUCCGUCAAUAUAUAGAGUGCGGAAAGAUACGGAAAUUUAGACAGAAAUGUGUAAAUAUUUCAUUCAAAAUGACCUACUACCAGAUAUUUUAGCAAACUAACCCCCAGUUUGCUAACUGUAGGUAGUAAUAAGGGUGUUUGUAACCUUUCCACCGUUGUCCACUGUAAGUGGGGCGGUGUGUAGGAUAAACAUAUCACACUCCAUCAAUUGAUUGACAGUUGAGAGGCGGGAUCAAAGAGCCAGAACUCAACCCCCGCAAACACAACUAGGUAAGUACACUCUCACCACAUAUGUAAGUUGCUUAGCUUAGACUGUACUUGUGGUCGCUCUUGAACCCACUAUAAUUGUUCAUAUACAAAUAUAAAUAUCAUUUUGUAACUAGCUUAUAAAGACAGGGAAUUUGUUUAGCUAAAUUAAUUUGGGGGCUCAGUGAGAGCCUAUUAUUAUGUGGGCUCAGUGAGAGCCUAUUAUUAUGGGGGCUCAGUGAGAGCCUAUUAUUAUGUGGGCUCAGUGAGAGCCUAUUAUUAUGUGGGCUCAGUGAGAGCCUAUUAUUAUGUGCCUAUGUAACUCUUUUCCGCUCUCAACCACAGGAUGGGGGAUGCAUAAUAAAUGAACUAAACUAAACCUAGAGAAAAC